GGGCCAGAAGACAUUUGCUAUGUGGGAAAGAACAAUUAAAAAAAAAAAAUGUGGCAACUGACAUUAUGCAACAUACACUGUUGGUUUUUCUGAACUAAACUAUUCAGAGUUAAGUCAUUUAAAGCCAUUUCCACAUUUUAUGCAGACUUAUGGCCAGAUAAAUGUCUCCACCCCCCUUUAAAGUAUAUUUAUACAGUUUUUGCCAGCGAGAGCUCACUGAUUGUCUUCAAGAUGACCAUCAUCUCUCUGCUUCUGCUGGCCUCUCUGCUGCCACACCUGACCUUCACUGCUCAUGUGGAUGUGGGUAUAGUGAACGGCACAGAAGCAAAACCACACUCCAGACCUUUCAUGGUUUCUCUUCAGAAGAACUGGCGACAUAUCUGUGGUGGAUUUCUCAUUUCUGAUAGAUAUGUUAUGACCGCUGCGCAUUGCUGGAAAAAUGAGAAUCUAACAGCUGUGGUUGGCGCACAUGACCUUAGAGAAAAUGAAGGCUAUGUCCGCAUUGGUGUGAAGUCUUACCACAUGCAUCCAGACUUCAACAUGAGCACUUUCCAGAAUGACAUUAUGCUUUUGAGGCUAGAGAAAGAAGUCGAACAAAACAAGAAUGUCAUGAAGAUUUCCAUACAAACAGAGAAAGACAUUGAAGCUGAUUCUGUUUGCCGUGUUGCUGGCUGGGGAAGACUGAGUUUUAAAGGGAAAAAGAUUUUUCGUCUCAUGGAAGCAGAAGUGAAGAUCAUGAAUAACACUGAAUGCAAAAAUAAAUGGAAAGACAAAUUCUCAGUCUCAGAGAUGAUUUGUGUCUAUGGAGAUGGAGGAAGCUGCAGUGGGGAUGGAGGAGGUCCUUUGGUUUGUGGAAACACUGCAGUCGGUGUCACUUCCUUUGGUGACUCAAAAAUCUGCAAUAGUCGUGAACGACCUGAAGUUUAUAUAAAGAUUUCACCAUAUAUUCCAUGGAUCUGCUCCGUUAUUGCGAAGGAUGAGUGAUUUUUGCAUGAAACAGAAUUAAGUAUUUACAUGUUUAAAUGUUCAAUAAACAAACUAUGUGUCACACAUCAAUUGUAAGUGGUGCUUAUUAUUUCAGCCCUAUAAAAUAACAGUAGUAAUAUAAAAUAACAGUAGUAAUAAGGAUUCAAC